CUGUGACUGAAGCUCAGAGCCAACUACUCUAUUGUUCGAAGCUCAGAGCCCAUUACUCUCUCUACCAUCCUCUCAGUCUUCUUCGUUUAUACGAUAAAAGAGAAGAUCUCAUGAUCCCUCUUCGAUCCUCGCACCUCUCUCCUCUUCCGCUUAUCCUCCAAAGCUUCCUGCGCUCUUCUGCUGCUUUUAGCAGUUGACUCGAUCGGUCCCCCGGAUGUUCUCCGCCAAGUCAACCUCCUGCUUCUGCCCCGCCAAACCUCAGAUCGGGGCUGAAAGCGGCAGGAGGGCGCACCAGCUGUGUGUUGGGAACCGCCGCCAGCGGUCCGUUGCGGUCCGGCAGGUGCGCGCGGUGAUUAGCAGCGACGACAAGAGCGUCAGCACGCUCCCGUCGGAUCCGGCGGCGGUCCCAGGAGGCGCGUUUUGGCCCCCGGCGGACUCAAUCGAUGUCAGGCUGGUGCUCACGGUGAGGAACAGGAUCAAGGAGAGGUUGGUGGAGAAGAUCGAGAACCAGUGGGAGUACUUCGUCAAUGGGAUUGGGCAAGGGAUAAGGGUGCAGCUCGUCAGCGAGGAGGUCGAUCACGAUACUGAAUCAGGGAAGAAGAGUGUGGAGGUUCCUGUGAGGGGAUUUCUACCAAGAUCGCCAAAGCAUCCAUCAUUUGUUGAGUACGCAGCCAAUCUGACCGUCCCAUCGACUUUUGGCCACCCAGGAGCCAUUGCCAUUACCAAUCUCCAUAAGAAAGAGUUCUACCUAGUGGAGAUCGUCGUUCAUGGUUUCAAUGAUGGGCCUUUUUUCUUCCCUGCAAAUUCGUGGAUCCAUUGUCGUGAUGAUAAUCCAGACAGUCGGAUCCUUUUCAGCAAUCAGGCAUACUUACCUUCACAGACUCCGGAUGGAUUGAAGGAUCUUAGACAAAACAUGCUAGUCAGUUUGCGUGGCAAUGGCAAAGGCGAAAGGAAGAAGUUUGAAAUGAUAUAUGAUUAUGCCCCUUAUAAUGAUUUGGGCAACCCUGACAAAGAUACCGAUCUUGCUAGGCCAAAUCUCAGUGGCUCGGAUAGGCCAUAUCCCAGACGUUGUCGCACUGGCAGACCACCAACUCGAUCAGAUCCCAGUGUGGAGAGCAGAGUGGAGAAACCUCAUCCUGUAUAUGUUCCGCGAGACGAAACUUUCGAGGAGAUCAAGCAAAAUAACUUUUCAGCUGGAGCUCUGAGAGCAUUAUUCCACAAUCUAAUACCAGCUAUGAUGGCUGCACUCUCUAGUUCCGACAGUCAAUUCCAGUGUUUUUCUGACAUCGACAGGCUAUACAAAGAUGGUUUGCUUAUUAAGAGCGAGGAGGAACAAGAAGCCGAGAAGCUACUUCCUGCAGUGCUCAGUAAUCUGAUGAUGAUGGGCCAAAAACUGAUGAAAUACGACAUACCCUCGAUUAUAUCAAAGGAUAGAUUUGCUUGGUUGAGGGACAUUGAGUUUGCUAGGCAAACACUAGCUGGUGUUAAUCCAGUGGAAAUUCAGAGAUUAAGGGAGUUCCCGAUACUCAGCAAGUUAGAUCCUGAAAUUUAUGGAUCACCAGAGUCGGCAUUAACUAAGGAAUGUCUAGAACAUGAGCUAAAUGGAAUGAGCCUUGAGGAGGCAAUGAACCAUAAUAGGCUAUUUAUAAUAGAUUAUCAUGAUAUCCUUUUGCCAUUUGUUAAGAAGAUCAACUCCUUGAAAGGAAGGAAAAUCUAUGCCUCAAGGACUAUCUUGUUUCUCACACGUACCGGAAUCCUCAGACCAAUUGCAAUAGAACUCAGCUUGCUGGGUACCCCGUCGAUGCCUUCUCAGAAAAAGGUUUACACUCAUGGGCAUGAUGCGACGACAAACUGGAUCUGGAAACUGGCCAAGGCUCAUGUCUGUGCAAAUGACGCCGGUGUUCAUCAGCUAGUGGACCAUUGGUUGAGGACUCAUGCUUCUAUGGAACCAUACAUAAUUGCUUCUCAUAGACAACUCAGUUCGAUGCACCCGGUUUUCAAGUUGCUUCAUCCGCACAUGCGGUACACACUGGAAAUCAAUGCUUUGGCACGCCAAAGUUUAAUCAACGGGGGAGGUAUCAUUGAAAAUUGCUUCAGUCCCGGAAAGUAUGCAAUGGAGCUGAGUUCUGCCGCAUACAAAAGUCUUUGGCGAUUCGAUAUGGAAGCUCUACCUGCUGAUCUUCUUAGGAGAGGCAUGGCCGUCGAGGAUCCUUCAAUGCCUUGCGGAGUAAAACUGGUGAUCGAGGACUAUCCUUAUGCGGCAGAUGGUCUCCUUGUGUGGUCGGCAAUCGAAGAAUGGGUUAAGGAUUAUAUCAUUCACUACUAUUCAGACGACAACACUAUCACUUCAGAUGUCGAGCUGCAGGCUUGGUGGGACGAGAUCAAAAACAAAGGUCACCCCGACAAAAGAGGUGAACCAUGGUGGCCUUCCCUAAACACCAAAGGGGACUUGAUCCGCAUUCUCACGACGAUGAUAUGGACCGCAUCAGGGCAACACGCAGCGAUAAACUUCGGGCAGUAUCCGUUCGGCGGUUACAUGCCCAAUCGACCUACACUCAUGAAGAAACUCAUUCCCCAAGAAGACGAACCUGUUGCCUAUGAGAAGUUCCUUCACAACCCCCAGUACAUGUUCUUAUCAUCUUUGCCAUCGCAGUUGCAGGCUACUCAAAUUAUGGCAGUUCAAGAUACCUUAUCGACACACUCUGAAGACGAGGAGUAUCUCGGCCAGAUGACUGACUGGCACACGCAUUGGACCAACGACAGGCAGGUCAUGAGCUGCUUCGAGAAGUUCUCCGCGAGACUGGAAGAAAUUGAGGAGAUCAUAAGCAGAAGGAACAAGGAUUUCCAUUUGAAGAAUCGGAGUGGCGCGGGUGUUCCGCCUUAUGAACUACUUCUUCCCUCCUCUGGACCUGGAGUGACUGGACGUGGAAUUCCCAAUAGCAUAUCGAUAUGAUAAUCUAGUUCAUGAACUUGGAUCAGAGAAUUUAGAUUAUGGUUUCUCAAGUCAUGUUUGAUUAAUGUUUAAGUUUGUGGUAGAGCAGUUUGAAAUAAAUAGUUGUUUAUACAUCAAUUAGUAUUGGAAAUAAAUAGUGUAUCUCGUAUUUUGAAAA